GACACCUGCUAUUUCCAGUUUUCUCACCCGUUAUUGAUCUUAUUACAGUGAAUAACAAUACCUAUGAAUAUGAUUAUAAUAAAAGCAUUGAAAAAUCUUUUCAGAAGUGUGUCCUGUGCAUAGUGCAUAAGAGCGAUUCAAUUCAAAGAAAGAGAAGCGAGAGAAACAGAUGAGGGGUUUGAAUCAAUUAGGGGCAGUAGUUGAGACCAUCUACGAGGAAGAAUGCGAGUUUUCUUCCUCUAACUCCUCUCCUUCUUCCCCUUCACCAUCAUUUUCCUCUUCUUCUGCAUCUCUCCACUCCAGAGUAAAGGCCUGGUCUCUGAAAAUCGGCCGCGAAACAGAUGUCUUGAUACGAGUUCAAGGAAUAUGUUUUCGUCUACACAAGGACCGCGUGGUAUCACAAAGCUCAUACCUAAAACGCCAUCUAACGGAAACCUCAGACCUCACUCUCUCUCCGCCGUUAAACAUAACGGCCGAGACCUUCGCCGCCGUAGCGGAAUUCUGUUACAACGGCGGCAAAGUCCAAAUGACGCCAGCAAACGUCGCCGUAAUCAGAACGGCGUCGGAGCUACUGGGAAUGACGGCAGGAGACGGCCUAAGCCACGUGGCGGAAACGCGCUUCCGCGAAGUCGUUGGCACUAACCAAGAGCACGCGUUAACGGUUCUCCGUUCUUGCAUGCUGUUACUUCCGGAGGCCGAAACGACGGCGUGUCUCGUUAGCAGAUGCAUUGAAGCGCUCGUUUCAGUUCACGGCGUUAGUCGUUUAAACGACGUGAAUGAAAUGCAGCCAGGAGAUUUUCAAAUCGUGGCUGAAUCCAUGGGUAGAAGAUUGGAGGAGAGCCACGACGUCCUCUAUAAGAUGGUUGAUCUGUAUCUUAAGGAAAACAAGUUUGAGAAAGUAACCGAGGAAGAGAGGAGUGGAAUAUGCAACUCCAUAGACUGCACCAAGCUUUCAAGUGAGACCUUGGUAGAGUGUGUUCAAAACCCGAGAAUGCCGUUGAGAUUGGUGGUGCGAGCGGUGAUGCUAGAACAUCUCAACACUCGCCACUCCAUCGCCUUAGCUGGUGCACAACGUCAUCAACUCCGAUUCGAGAACAACACGCGACGACAACGACAACGACAACGACGUCGUUCCAUGACGCUAGGGGACUUCCUCUACCGCGACGCAACUUUGCGCGAAACGGCGAAACUAAAGACAAUGAUGGAUUCCACAGAUGCUCGCAUUCGAAGCCUUGAAGAAGAGGUUAGGUGCAUGAACAGAGUGUUGUUACGAGAGUGCCAAGUGAGUGUGUUGGGGUCAGAGCGUUCGGCGAGUUUCCAUUUUGUGACGGAUGAGAAUGUUGGGAGUGUGAAGAAUGGGACUUUUCGGCAGAGGUUGAUGAUUGGACUCAAGAAUGCGUUUCGGGUGCCAAAUUCAGUGUCAACUUGAUUGAAUGCAUGCAUGAGGGGAGAUUAUUUUUAAUUUCUUAUCUUUUAUCUUUUUGUUAAUUAACUUUCAUAAAUAAUUAAGUAAUUCAUAUAUAAACAUUUUAUUAUUAUUGUAGUUUUAAGCAACUCACACACUCUUAAAUGACAAUACAAUUUUUUUCAA